AUGAAUGAAACAUUUAGGAAAUCAUUUUAAGCUUCUACUGUUGAUACAAGAUAAAGAUUGGCAUCUAGAUAGAAUAAAUGGCAUUAAGAUACAUCAAUUGCUAAAUCAACACUUGAUUAAAAUGGAAUUGAAAGAUGGAUCAAUAAUGUAUUAAAGGAAAGUUGUUUAAAUGAAAAAUAGAACAGUUUGAAUAAAUUAGGACUUGAUAAAAAUUCUUUAAAGGUUGUAAAUGACUCUUUAAUUUUGAUUGUAGAGCGCCGGAGUAAAAGAUGAAGACGUUGGUAGACUCUAUAGAAGCAUGUUUGUCUAUACGGUAGGAUUUUAUGAAAUGCUUCAUGAAAUACUUAAAAAUUUAUAAUUAACUACAUCGAUUUGGAAAGUAUUUGGGAUACUUUUAGAAUACAUUGCGAAAGGAGAUUUUUAAUUUACGAUUAAUUAAAUAUAGUAAGAGAGUUAAUAAAAAAUUGAAGAACUAAAUGAUACAUUAACUUAAAGAGAAAUUAAAUUUAAGUUUAUAGAAAAUAAAACCAGAGAUGAAAUUAAUGCAUUGUAGAGGAUGUUAUAAGAAUUGACUGAUUAAAAUAAUGAAUUAAAGUUACAAAGAGAUAAUGCAGAAAUUGAUUUUCAAUAAUCUAAUACUGCAUUUGAAGAGGAAGUAGCUUUAAGAAUUAAAUUUGAAUAUAGAAUUAAUGAAAUUACAUCAGUAUAUAGAGAAUUAGCUUAAAAUUACACUUAAAUGGGAGAAGAGUUUCGAGAAAUAAGGGUAUUAUAUGAUAAAAUUAGCAAUGAUUUAAUAAAAUCGAAAAAACAAUUAGAAAUUGCAAUUGAAGAAAAAGAUAUAAGAGAUAAUGAAAUCAGCCAUUUAAAAUAAACAAUAGAAAAUUUCAGAAGAUAAUUAGAUGAAAAGGAAUAGAAAAUUUAGAUUUAGGAAAUAAAAAUUAACAAAUUAAUAAAAAAUUCAGUCAAUGAUUAAAGUAAUUAAAUGAAUUUUGAGCAUUAAUUUAAUUAAUUAUGUAUGCAAUUUAAAAAAUAUAAGGAGGAUAAUAUUUACAAGUAAUUUAUAUUUUUGAUUAAAUUUUUAGAUUAUAAGAGUUAGAAAAAUAUCAAAGAAAUUAUUAAGAUAUUUAAGAUUUGAAUUAAAAAUUAACAAAUGAAAAUUAAAUAUUAAAAUAAUAAAAGUUCGAGUUACAAACAGAAAAUAAAAAAUAAAAAAUUUCUAUUGAUUCUUUUGAUUAGUUAGAGUAAGGUUAUAGAGCGAGUAUUAUGUAAUUAUAAUAAGAGAAUAGAGAAUUGAUAGAGGAACAUGAAGAAGAAAUAAAGAAAUUUUAAAAAAUAUAAGUUGAACAUUCAUUUGGAAUUUAAAGAAUAUAAGUAUAAUAAAAUGAAAUUUUGGCUUUAAAUUAAAAUAUUUAGCAAAUGAAAAUUGCAAAAAUUCAUUUGGAUGAAUUAUUUAUUAAAGAGAAAGCUUAAGUUUAGCUAUUAUAAAAUAGUUUAGAAGGAAAAGAAGAAACAAUAUUAGAUUUAGAAAAAUGUUUAAGUUUCAGUUAAUAAAGAUUACAUACUUUAACUAUGGAGAUGAAUGAAUAGGAAAAUAGGUUAAGAUUAAAUUAAUAAGAUUUUACAACAGCUGAAAUCUCAUAUAAAAGACAAAUUGAGUAAUAAUAAGAAACUAUUGACAAUCAAAGACAUGAAUUAAUUAAUGAAAGAGACAAACUUGAAGCACUUUAAAAUUAAUUUGAAUCUUAAAGAAAAGAAUUAGCAGAGUUCAAGUCUAUGUAUAAAGUAUAGGUAUUUGAAAAUAAUAAUUUGAUUACAAAAUAAAUAUUUUCAGAUCGUGUCAUAAGCAAUGAUAAUUAACGAAUAGGUGAAUUUAUUAAUGAAAUUACUGAUAUAAGAGUUAAAUAUGAGGAAUCUUAAAGAAAGUAUAGACAGCUUGAAAUAAAAUAUAAUGAAUAAGAAAAAUUAAUGGAUAAAGAUAAAUCAUUUAUAGUGGAAAGAUAUGCUAUUAAAAUUAACAAUUAUAAAGACAUGUUAAAAGAAAUGGUUUCUAAAAUGAAAUUAGAAGAUGCUUUAAGUUAAUGGGAUAGAAAUAAUUAAAAACUUAUAUCAUUAGAUAAAUCUUAUAAAGUACUAUAUGAUAAAAAUAAAGCACUUACAAAUGAAAAUUCUGAAUCAAUUACAAAUAUUGAGUAACUAAAUAUUAAAUUAAAGCAAUAACUCAACUUAAUUUAAAAAUUAUAAAAUGAUUAUAACAAAAGAUCUAAUGACUAUAAAAUAAUUAAGUUUAAAUAUCUUAUAUAUUUUGCUAGUCUAAAAGAAAUGAAUUAAUAGUUACAAUAAUAAACUGAAAGCUUAAUUUAAUUAAAUAAUACAAACGAAAAAUUGAAUAAUGAAUUAACUAUAGUAAAGGAAGAAAAUGCUAAAUAGAAAUAACUAAUAAGAAGAUAUAGACUAACUGCUUAAGGCUAAUAAUAAUAAAAUCAAAUAGAAGUUAAGGACCAAACAAAUGAUUUCUAAAAUGAAAAAAAUAUUAAAAACAAAACAGACCAUUAAAAAACAGAAAAAUCAUUAGAUGAAUAAUCAAUUUCUAAUAAUAAUUCAAUUUCUUUAUAAAAUUAAACAAAUUUGUUAAAGAAAUCUAAAUUUUAAUUAGAAGUUGAAAAAAUUGAAUUGGAUAUUUCAUUAAAAAAAACAGAAGUAUAUUAAGUAAAUUUGGACUAAUUUUCAUAAACGAUUGAUCUUAAGUAAUAAUAAUAAAUAGAAAAAUAAUCUUAAAACAAAUUAAAUAGUCUUUAAAGUAAGGAUGAUAUGCUUAAUUUUAAUAAUUUUUCUAUUGAAUAAGAUAAAAAUUAAUAAAGUCCUUUAUUAAAAUCUCGUAGUAAUAGUGUCAGUUAAGGAAGUAAGAGUUAAAGAAGUAAUAAAUCAUAAGGUAAAAUGGAUUUUGUAGUUAGAGCCAAGAAAAAUACUUAAAUAAAAAAUGCUAAGAUGA